AUGAAUAGGAGAGGGAUCCCUGGAGAACCAGAUUCUUACAUUCUGCUCAUUAAGAGCUACCUGAGUAAAGGUGAACCAGCUGAUGCUAAAACUGCUUUGGAUAGUAUGAUUGAAGGCGGGCAUAUUCCGGAGUCAUCGCUGUUCAGGUCAGUGAUAGAGAGUCUAUUUGAAGAUGGGAGGGUUCAAACUGCAAGCCGAGUAAUGAAGAGUAUGGUAGAGAAGGGGGUGAUGGAGAACAUGGAUUUGGUUGCCAAGAUUUUGGAAGCCCUCUUUAUGAGAGGUCAUGUUGAGGAAGCACUGGGACGAAUUGAUCUCCUUAUGCAAAGUGGGUGUGCACUUCAGUUUGACAGCCUUCUAUCUGUUCUUGCUGAGAAAGGGAAAACAAUUGCCGCUCUCAAGCUGUUAGAUUUUGCCUUGAGAGAGAUUGCAGUGUAG